AAGGGGCCCGGCGAGUGGGCGGCGGCGCAGUCGCGGUGCUGGCGGCCGACGGGCGGGCCCUUCGCGGUUUGAAUGGCUGCGGGCCCGGGCCCACACUUCAUCUGAGGACCGGCUGCCCGGUGUGCGCCAUGCCGUCCGGAGGUGACCAGUCCCCGCCGCCCCCGCCUCCCCCUCCGGCGGCGGCAGCUUCGGAGGAGGAGGAGGAGGACGACGGGCAGGCGGAGGACGCCGCGCAGCCCGCCGAGUCGCCGGCGCCUCAGACCCAGCAGCGGUUCGACGAGCUGUGCAGCCGCCUCAACAUGGACGAGGCGGCGCGGGCCGAGGCCUGGGGCAGCUACCGCAGCAUCAGCGAGAGCUACACGCUGGAGGGAAAUGAUCUUCAUUGGUUAGCAUGUGCCUUAUAUGUGGCUUGCAGAAAAUCUGUUCCAACUGUGAGCAAAGGGACAGUUGAAGGAAACUUUGUAUCUUUAACUAGAAUCCUGCGGUGUUCAGAGCAGAGCUUAAUUGAAUUUUUUAAUAAGAUGAAGAAGUGGGAAGACAUGGCAAAUCUACCCCCACAUUUCAGAGAACGUACUGAGAGAUUAGAAAGAAACUUCACUGUUUCUGCUGUAAUUUUUAAGAAAUAUGAACCCAUUUUUCAGGAUAUCUUUAAAUAUCCUCAAGAGGAGCAACCUCGUCAACAAAGAGGAAGAAAACAGCGGCGACAGCCCUGUACUGUGUCAGAAAUUUUCCAUUUUUGUUGGGUGCUUUUUAUAUAUGCAAAAGGUAAUUUCCCCAUGAUUAGUGAUGAUUUGGUCAAUUCUUAUCAUCUUCUGCUAUGUGCUUUGGACUUAGUUUAUGGAAAUGCCCUUCAAUGUUCCAAUCGUAAAGAACUUGUGAACCCUAAUUUUAAAGGCCUAUCUGAAGAUUUUCAUGCUAAGGAGUCCAAACCUUCCUCUGACCCACCCUGUGUCAUUGAGAAACUUUGUUCCUUACAUGAUGGCCUAGUUUUGGAAGCAAAGGGAAUAAAAGAACAUUUCUGGAAACCCUACAUUAGGAAACUUUGUGAAAAAAAGCUCCUUAAGGGAAAAGAAGAAAAUCUUACUGGAUUUCUAGAGCCUGGGAACUUUGGAGAGAGUUUUAAAGCCAUCAAUAAGGCCUAUGAGGAGUAUGUUUUAUCUGUUGGGAAUUUAGAUGAACGGAUAUUUCUUGGAGAGGAUGCUGAGGAGGAAAUUGGGACUCUCUCAAGGUGUCUGAACACUGGUUCAGGAACAGAGACUGCCGAAAGGGUACAGAUGAAAAACAUCUUACAGCAGCAUUUUGACAAGUCUAAAGCACUUAGAAUCUCCACACCACUUACUGGUAUGAAGUACAUUAAGGAGAACAGCCCUUGUGUGACCCCAGUUUCUACAGCUACACAUAGCUUGAGUCGUCUUCACACCAUGCUGACAGGCCUCAGGAAUGCACCAAGUGAGAAACUGGAACAGAUUCUCAGGACAUGUUCCAGAGAUCCAACUGAGGCUAUUGCUAACAGAUUGAAAGAAAUGUAUGAAAUAUAUUCUCAGCAUUACCAGCCAGAUGAGGAUUUCAGUAAUUGUGCUAAAGAAGUUACCAGCAGACAUUUUCGUUUUGCGGAGAUGCUUUACUAUAAAGUAUUAGAAUCUGUUAUUGAGCAGGAACAAAAAAGACUGGGAGACAUGGAUUUAUCUGGUAUUCUGGAACAAGAUGCAUUCCACAGAUCACUCUUGGCCUGCUGCCUUGAGGUCGUCUCAUUUUCUUAUAAGCCUCCUGGGAACUUUCCAUUUAUUACUGAAAUAUUUGAUGUGCCACUUUAUCAUUUUUAUAAGGUGAUAGAAGUAUUUAUUAGAGCAGAAGAUGGCCUUUGUAGAGAGGUAGUAAAACACCUUAAUCAGAUUGAAGAACAGAUCUUAGAUCAUUUGGCAUGGAAACCAGAGUCCCCGCUCUGGGAAAGAAUUAGAGACAAUGAAAACAGAGUUCCUACAUGUGAAGAGGUCAUGCCACCUCAGAACCUGGAAAGAGCAGAUGAAAUUUGUAUUGGUGGCUCCCCUUUGACUCCCAGAAGGGUGAAUGAAGUUCGUGCUGAUACUGGAGGACUUGGAAGGAGCAUAACCUCUCCAACCACACUGUAUGACAGGUACAGCUCCCCAACAGCCAGCACUACCAGAAGGCGGCUAUUUGUUGAGAAUGAUAGCCCCUCUGAUGGAGGGACACCUGGGCGCAUUCCCCCACAGCCCCUAGUCAAUGCUGUCCCUGUGCAGAAUGUAUCUGGGGAAGCUGUUUCUGUCACACCAGUUCCUGGACAGACUUUGGUCACCAUGGCAACUGCCACUGUCACAGCCAACAAUGGACAAACAGUAACCAUUCCUGUACAAGGUAUUGCCAAUGAAAAUGGAGGGAUUACAUUCUUCCCGGUCCAAGUCAAUGUUGGGGGACAGGCACAAGCCGUGACUGGCUCCAUCCAGCCCCUCAGUGCUCAGGCCCUGGCUGGAAGUCUGAGCUCUCAACAGGUGACAGGAACAACUUUGCAAGUCCCUGGUCAAGUGGCCAUUCAACAGAUUUCCCCAGGUGGCCAACAGCAGAAACAAGGCCAGCCUUUAACCAGCAGCAAUAUUAGACCCAGGAAGACCAGCUCUUUAUCGCUUUUCUUUAGAAAGGUUUACCACUUAGCAGGUGUCCGCCUUCGGGAUCUUUGUGCUAAACUAGAUAUUUCAGAUGAACUGCGGAAAAAAAUCUGGACCUGCUUUGAAUUCUCCAUAAUUCAGUGUCCUGAGCUUAUGAUGGACAGACAUCUGGACCAGUUAUUAAUGUGUGCCAUUUAUGUGAUGGCAAAGGUCACAAAAGAAGACAAGUCCUUCCAGAAUAUUAUGCGUUGUUAUAGGACUCAGCCACAGGCCCGGAGCCAGGUGUAUAGAAGUGUUUUGAUAAAAGGGAAAAGAAAAAGAAGAAAUUCUGGCAGCAGUGAUAGCAGAAGCCAUCAGAAUUCUCCAACAGAACUAAACAAAGAUAGAACAAGUAGAGACUCCAGUCCUGUCAUGAGGUCAAGCAGCACCUUGCCAGUGCCACAGCCUAGCAGUGCUCCUCCUACACCUACUCGUCUCACAGGUGCCAACAGUGACAUGGAGGAAGAGGAGAGGGGAGACCUUAUUCAGUUCUACAACAACAUCUACAUAAAACAAAUUAAAACAUUUGCCUUGAAGUACUCACAGGCAAACAUAAUGGAUGCUCCUCCACUCUCUCCCUACCCAUUUUUAAGAACAGGCUCCCCUCGCCGAAUACAGUUGUCUCAAAAUCAUCCUGUCUACAUUUCCCCACAUAAAAAUGAAACAAUGCUUUCUCCUCGAGAAAAGAUUUUCUACUACUUCAGCAACAGUCCUUCAAAGAGAUUGAGAGAAAUUAACAGUAUGAUACGGACAGGAGAAACUCCAACUAAAAAGAGAGGGAUUCUUUUGGAAGAUGGAAGUGAAUCACCUGCAAAAAGAAUUUGCCCGGAAAAUCAUUCUGCCUUAUUACGCCGUCUCCAAGAUGUAGCUAAUGACCGAGGUUCCCACUGAGGUUAGUCUCUUGUACUGAAACUGUCUUUUCACAAACUGUUUAAUAGUAUCACUUAAUGCAUCUAGAUUAUGGAGCUCUUUUCCUUAAUCCAGCCAGUCAAUUACAGCCUGUUAGUAACAUGAAGGGACAUAUUUGUGAGAAAUUGGAUUGACUGCUUCCAGUAUCCAUAGGAUAUUUUCAUUCAUCCCAACUGCCUUUUCCCCUGCCAAUUCAGUGCUUACCAUCAAGGCUGCUUAGAAUGCAAACUUGGAUUUAUCUCUUUGGCAAAGCUUUUUACAAGUACUACAGAGGACAAAGUGUUCUCAAAUAUGAGUGUAAGAGGUCUCUGUUGACAUGCUCCAACAGAGGGACUAUAUUUCAAAUUCAUUCCUACCUGUUUUCUGGUCAGCUGUAGUCCUCAUGAAAAGCAAAACAAAAAUUAGGUAUUUUGUCCUACAACACUUGGUAGGAGUGUGAGAUUUCUGCAUUCCUAAAUCAGAACAAAGGAGAGCACACCCAGAUUUGGAGGUCCCAGGUCUCUUGUUCCCUUUGUGCACUUCUUCCCUUUCCCCAUUAGGUGUGAUGCAGUGCUUGAUUGUUCGGUUGUGCAAUGUCUGAAUGAACCUGUAUAAGUGGUGGCACUUUAGGGCUGUAAAACGCAUGAUUUUGUAACCCAGAUUUUGUUGUAUAUUUGUGAUAGCACUUUCUACAAUGUGAAUUUUAUUAAGUACAAAACUUCCAGGCUAAACAUCCAAUAUUUUCUUUAAUGCUUUUGUACUUUUUUUAAAACUGUUAAAGUCCCCAUAGCCACCUUUUGGGCAUGUGUUUUAAAUUCUCCAGUUGUUAUGUAGGAAUCAGCUGGCUAAGUAAAGAUUUCAAUCAAGUUGAAUUGAGGGGAUUAAUAUGAAAAAUUAUGACCUCUUCCUUUAGGAGGUAGUUAUCUAGAAGACAUGUCUAUUAAGGUGAUAUAUUUUAAAAUAUUUUUGGGUGUAUUCCUGGCAGUUUAAAAAAAUAGGUUGGAGAAUUUAGGUUUUUAUUAGUACACAGUACCAUUUAUACAAAUUAGAAAAUAUUAUUUAACAGCCAUUGAAAUAUCUAUAUACCUUUAUUAAUCACUAUUGUUCCAGCAGUUUUAAAGUUGAAUUAAUAAUCUUAUUAGGGAGAAAAUUCAAUUAUAAAUUGAAUCAGUAUAAACAAAGUUACUGGGUAACUUCAUAUUGCUCUGAAAGAAAUAUGGAACUUACACUGUUCAAUUGGAAUAGUGUUCUGCAAAAAAAUAUUUAUAAAACCUCUCAAAAUACUUACUGCUACUGUAAUUUUAUAUGAAGUGUAUUUUUCAAUAAAGCAUUUAUAAA